ACUCUAUUAAGGGAGUCUGCUAGCACAUUGUUUUGGUCUCCUCAAGGAUGCCAUGGCUGGAGUGACCGUGUGAUAUUUUCCUUAUUUUAACCUAUUUCGACGCCGCUCCGGAGCCUGGGGUCCACACCCCAAGAUGAUGGCCCCCUACUGCCCACCCAACAUCACGCUCAACCAGUUUUGGGUUGACCAUGGUGUGUCCCACUGCCUGCUGGACACCGUCACCGCGGCAGUCUAUGGCACCUUCCUGCUGGUCUUUGGCACCGCCCAGUGGGUCAUGUACCACCGCUACGCCACGCCCACCGACCCAUCGCUGAGGCCCAGAUCAUUCCUGCUGGCGCUGCAGACGCUCCUGGCGCUGGUCAUGGUGGCCGUGGCCGUGGCCAGGAUAGCACUGCAGGCAACGCUCAUUGGCGACCACACUCUCUACGGGUACAUGAUCCUCCACUUCAUCAUCUCCCUGCUGGUAUGGCCGCUGUCUGUCCGCUUGGUGUACCUGGAGCGCAAUGAACAGCUCCCAUCGGUACCAGCGAGGGGCCAUGGUAUCAUCCUGCUGGUGUUCUGGACCCUGGUGUUUGUGACGGAGAACCUCGCUUUCUUGAACCUCAGGAAUGAAGACUGGUGGUUUGACCUUAGCACGGUCACCGAUCAGCUGGAGUUCUCCCUGUUCGUCAUCCGCUACACAUCCGGUUGCCUGCUCUUCAUAAUUGGGUUGAAGGCGCCAGGGAUUUCAACCAUGAGAGAUUAUAUCAAUUUUGGUGGACAGCUCAGAAGACAGGAGGAGGAGGAGGAGGAGGAGGAGGGCACAAGAGGAGGAGGAGGAGGGGGUGCCAGUGCCGAGGGCCAGGGCACAACAUGGCGCGGCGUUCUCAAGAAAAUGAAAAUCCUCCUUCCGUUCAUCUGGCCAAGGAAAAAUAUCUUCCUUCAACUUUCCGUCCUGAUCUGCUUCUUCCUCCUCAUCAUCGGACGCGUCGCAAACGUGUUCGUGCCCAUAUACUACAAGCUGAUAGUUGACGGCCUUGGGGGCAGUGGGGGGGAGCCGACCUUUGUGUGGGGUGCUGUCCUGACCUAUGUGUGCCUCAAGUUCCUGCAGGGGGGCGGCACUGGAGGUAUGGGGUUCCUGAACAACCUCCGCUCUCUGCUAUGGAUAUCCGUUCAACAGUACACCUCACGGGAAGUUCAGGUCCAGCUGUUCACACACCUGCAUGGGCUGUCCCUGCGUUGGCACCUGGGACGCAAAACUGGCGAGGUCCUGCGAGUUAUGGACAGGGGGACAAAUUCGAUCAACACACUCCUGUCAUAUAUCGUCUUCAAUAUCUUCCCCACAGUCAUUGACAUCACCGUUGCAGUCAUCUACUUCACAGCGGCAUUCAACUACUGGUUUGGCCUGAUUGUGUUUCUAACCAUGGCCAUAUACCUGGGCACCACCAUUGGCCUCACGGAGUGGCGCACCAAGUACCGUCGCCAGAUGAACCUUGCAGACAAUGAGCAGCGUGCCCGGGCCGUGGACUCCCUGCUGAAUUUUGAGACAGUCAAGUAUUACAACGCUGAGCAGUACGAGGUCACCAGGUACAAGGACGCUCUGCUCACCUACCAGGCUGAGGAGUGGAAAUCCAACGCUACUCUAUGCCUGCUGAACACCAUCCAGAACGUGGUGAUCAACGCAGGGCUGCUGGCGGGGUCGCUGCUGUGUGCCUGGCUGGUGGCCGAGGCGCACACCCUCACUGUGGGGGACUAUGUGCUGUUCUCCACCUAUAUCAUGCAGCUGUACACUCCACUCAACUGGUUUGGCACAUACUACCGCAUGAUUCAGCAGAACUUUGUGGACAUGGAGAACAUGUUUGACCUGCUCAAGGAACAGCAGGAGGUGUUGGACCAGGAUGACGCCAUCAGCCUUGCCGCACCCCAGGGCAGGAUUGAGUUCCGGGAUGUCACCUUCUCCUACACCCCUGAGCGGCCCAUCUUAAAGUGUGUGUCCUUCAUGGUGGAGCCUGGACACACCCUGGCCGUGGUUGGCCCCACAGGCAGCGGCAAGAGCACCAUCAUGAGGCUGCUGUUCCGUUUCUACGACGUGUGUGGCGGGGCGGUGCUAGUGGACGGGCUGGACCUGCGCCACUACUCCCAGGCCUCCCUCAGGCAGGCCAUGGGUGUGGUGCCCCAGGACACUGUGCUCUUCAACAACACCAUAUUCUACAACAUCCACUACGGGCGGGUGACAGCCACUGAGCAGGAGGUGAAGGAUGCAGCCAGCCACGCAGACAUUCACGACAAGAUCCUGACCUUCCCAGACAAGUACGACACCAAGGUGGGUGAGAGGGGCCUUAAGCUGAGCGGAGGAGAGAAGCAGAGAGUGGCCAUUGCUCGGACCAUUCUCAAGAGUCCCACAUUUAUACUUCUGGAUGAGGCCACCAGCGCCCUCGACACACAGACAGAGCGGAAUAUACAGACAGCACUUCAGCGGGUGUGUGCGGAUCGGACGGUGGUGUUGAUUGCCCACAGACUCAGCACCGUCAUCCACGCCGACACGAUUCUGGUGUUGAAGGACGGUGUGGUGGUGGAGCGUGGAAGGCAUGAUGAACUACUCAGCACAGGAGGAGAAUACAGUCACAUGUGGCAACAACAGCAGGAGAACAACAACAACAACAACAACAGCAAUGGUGGUGGUGGUGGUGGUGGUGAUGGUGGUGGUGAAUUUGUUCCUCCCCCUAGUGAGUCUCCUCCUCCUCCACCUCCUCCACCUCCUCCUCCUCCUCAGACGACAGAAGGAGGAGGAGGAGGAGGAGGAGGAGGAGAGGAAGGAGGAGGAGGAGGAGCAGUUAAAGUAUGAGGAAGAACUUCGUGUGAUAUCUCUCUCUCUCUCUCUCUCUCUCUCUCUCUCUCUCUCUCUCUCUCUCUCUCUCUCUCUCUCUCUCUCUCUCUCUCUCUCUCUCUCUCUCUCUCUCUCUCUCUCUCUCUCACUCAUGCAAUAUAUAACUUGUAAAUAUAAUAAAAAAUGUAUAUUAUAAUAGUAGUAGUAGUAGUAGUAGUAGUAGAAGUAGUAGUAGUAGUAGUAGUAGUAGUAGUAGAAGUAGUAGUAGUAGUAGUAGUAGUAGUAGUAGUAGUAGUAUGAUUAUUUUUUAAGAGUAAACGAACAUAUCUUGUAAUCUUACUGGUGGAUGCUGGGAAAGGUCAAAAUCUUACUGGUGGAUGCUGGGAAAGGUCAAAUCUUACUGGUGGAUGCUGGGAAAGGUCAAAUCUUACUGGUGGAUGCUGGGAAAGGUCAAAAUCUUACUGGUGGAUGCUGGGAAAGGUCUAAAUCUUACUGGUGGAUGCUGGGAAAGGUCAAAAUCUUACUGGUGGAUGCUGGGAAAGGUCUAAAUCUUACUGGUGGAUGCUGGGAAAGGUCGAAUCUUACUGGUGGAUGCUGGGAAAGGUUGAAUCUUACUGGUGGAUGCUGGGAAAGGUCAAAUCUUACUGGUGGAUGCUGGGAAAGGUUAAAAUCUUACUGGUGGAUGCUGGGAAAGGUCAAAUCUUACUGGUGGAUGCUGGGAAAGGUUAAAAUCUUACUGGUGGAUGCUGGGAAAGGUCAAAAUCUUACUGGUGGAUGCUGGGAAAGGUUAAAAUCUUACUGGUGGAUGCUGGGAAAGGUUAAAAUCUUACUGGUGGAUGCUGGGAAAGGUCAAAUCUUACUGGUGGAUGCUGGGAAAGGUUAAAAUCUUACUGGUGGAUGCUGGGAAAGGUCUAAAUCUUACUGGUGGAUGCUGGGAAAGGUCAAAAUCUUACUGGUGGAUGCUGGGAAAGGUUAAAAUCUUACUGGUGGAUGCUGGGAAAGGUCAAAAUCUUACUGGUGGAUGCUGGGAAAGGUUAAAAUCUUACUGGUGGAUGCUGGGAAAGGUCAAAAUCUUACUGGUGGAUGCUGGGAAAGGUUAAAAUCUUACUGGUGGAUGCUGGGAAAGGUCAAAAUCUUACUGGUGGAUGCUGGGAAAGGUCAAAAUCUUACUGGUGGAUGCUGGGAAAGGUUAAAAUCUUACUGGUGGAUGCUGGGAAAGGUCAAAUCUUACUGGUGGAUGCUGGGAAAGGUCAAAAUCUUACUGGUGGAUGCUGGGAAAGGUUAAAAUCUUACUGGUGGAUGCUGGGAAAGGUCAAAAUCUUACUGGUGGAUGCUGGGAAAGGUCAAAAUCUUACUGGUGGAUGCUGGGAAAGGUCAAAAUCUUACUGGUGGAUGCUGGGAAAGGUCAAAAUCUUACUGGUGGAUGUUGGGAAAGGUCAAAUUUUACUGGUGGAUGCUGAGAAAGGUCAAAAUCUUACUGGUGGAUGCUGGGAAAGGUCAAAUCUUACUGGUGGAUGCUGGGAAAGGUUAAAAUCUUACUGGUGGAUGCUGGGAAAGGUCAAAAUCUUACUGGUGGAUGCUGGGAAAGGUUAAAAUCUUACUGGUGGAUGCUGGGAAAGGUCAAAAUCUUACUGGUGGAUGCUGGGAAAGGUUAAAAUCUUACUGGUGGAUGCUGGGAAAGGUCAAAAUCUUACUGGUGGAUGAAAUUGGAUGAAAAAUAUAGAAAAAAUAAGUUUGAUAAUUAGUUAAAAAGAUUAUUGUUAUUAUUAUUAUUAUUAUUAUUAUUAUUAUUAUUAUUAUUAUUAUUAUUAUUAUUAUUAUUGUUGUGAAAAUAAAAAUAUAUAUUGUGAA